AUGGGUCGCAAAACCAAGCAAAAGUCAUGCUUCGCUUGCGUUGAGACCAAACGCCGCUGUGACAAGCGAUAUCCCUCAUGCUCGCGCUGUCAGGAUCGGGAGUCGGUUUGCAUUUAUCCGCCACUGCCAAGACGACAAGCUCUCGAGUUUGCUGGGGGAGAAUCUGCGAUAAACACGGGCUUUGGAGAUAUGUGGACUUCUGCGGCUGAUGCAAAUAGCCUUGCGUUGGUUGGAGAGAUUUCCGAGCCAUGGCUUCUGGAUCCCGUCUUCAGCGCCGAUCUCAACUACCCAUCAAUACCGUCAUGGACACCGUAUUUAUCAGAUCCAUCGCCGCUACCAGGCUCAUCCUCGAGUGGGAUAGCUGAGGCUUCUGGUCAGCUGGCGUAUGCAUCCCGGGACUUGGGCUGGUUUCUCGGACCUCAGUCAUGGACGAUCGGAUAUCACUACCACGCCCCGGAUGUCAUACCACCAGCUUCCGUCUUCACUAAUUUCAUCCGUGGCUUGCAGAAUUGGCUAUCCCGGUUCGCCAAGACGGGGCACAGCCCAUUUAUUCAUCGCCAUCUCUACUCCGACUCCGGGUACCCGCAGUGCAUUCAAGACGCAUAUUCUGCAUGUGUCAUUUCCGGUUCUGCCACAAGCGAGAAUGAAACUAUCGUUAAUGCAAUCUCUUCUACUCACAUCACAAAUCUACUCAACGCUCAGCCGGCUAGGGGUACGAGUAUCAUCUCCACCAGGGAUCAUCUUGCCCGCACUCAAGCUCUUCUCAUUCACAUCCUCCUUGCACUGUUCUCUUCCUCAAUUGAGCGUCGUGGAAGAGGUGAGAAUCUCAUCAGCCUUCUUCACGCGUGGAAGGAUCAGCUAUGGGAGUCUGCAACAAAUGAAAGUACACUUGCCUCGCCAGUGCCGAUUUUGGCGACUUCUGGCGGAACAGCUGUUGGGGAACUGGACCCUGUACCGACCCUGUACCGCUCGUUCAUUCUCUCCGAGUCCAUCCGGCGCACUGGCCUGUUGUGUAACAUGGCCACCGGUGUCUACGGCGGUCUGAAAGGUAACAACAUACAGUCUUGCGGAGGUGAUAUCCGUAUCACGACGCAGGCCAAAUUUUGGGAGGCUUCUUCGUCUGCACGAUGGGAAGCUGUUGCGCGACACACUGAUCCGUUGUUUAUCUAUUCGUUAAAGGGCCAGAUGCUGCUGGGUAGAGGUGUUGGUGCUGCCCAGGUUGAUGAAUUUGCGCGACAUUUGUUCACUAUUAUGUGGGGUUUAGAAAAGGUUGAGACUUGGGCCGUGAGAACUGGAGACGAGGUUUCUGUUGUAUACUAA